UUACAACAUCAUCUCACAUCUACAGACAGCCCAAGCCUCCGGUCUCUACCAUGAAGAUCGCCAUCACAGUCACUGUGGUCAUGCUGUCCCUCUGCUGCAGCUCAGCUUCUUCGGACAUCUGCCCAGGAUUUCUUCAAGUCCUUGAGGCCCUCGUCAUGGAAUCGGAGUCCAAUUAUGUGGCAUCCCUGAAGCCUUUCAACCCUGCCUCAGACCUGCAAAAUGCAGGAACCCAGCUGAAGAGACUGGUGGAUACCCUCCCACAAGAGACCAGAAUAAACAUCAUGAAGCUCACGGAGAAAAUCCUAACAAGUCCUCUGUGUACACAAGAUUUAAGAAUCUGAAGCUCACUGGAUUUCAGAGAUAUUCUACUGCUAAAGGCCCUGUCACUGCCCUGUGCCUCUUCACCUCCUCAGCUUCCCCACACCAACCCCCCCCUUCCUCUUGGCAAUAAACUUCGAGCAUCUCA